CUCAUUCAGCUUCUCUUUGCUCCGCCUCGUGAGGGGAGGAAAAAGCACGCGAAAGCCAAGCUCGCCAACGGGCACUGCCGCCCUGAAGCAGGGCAAAAACCUGCUAUCCUCACUUGUACAAAGCCGCGGGGAGCACUGGGCGGCGGGUGGCGGGCAGGCUGGCCAGCGCCCCUCCAUUCUGGCUCCGCCAAGUUGCGGACCCCUCUGGCAUAGCUUGUGGACCCCUGGGGGUCCGCGGACCACCUGUUGGGAAACACUGGUAUAAUGAAUCUGAAGAGGAUCUGAUCACUUCCUCCCAAGGUUUCCAGUACUUUUCACUUCAUUGGUCAGUUCCUCCUUGAUGGUGAGGACCAGGUCCAAGAUAGAUAAUCCCCUUGUUGCUUCUUCCACCUUCUGGGAAAUGAAAUUGUCAAUGAGGCAAUUGAGGACUUUGUUGGAGCUUAACAUGGUUAGCAGAGUUUGAGUUCCAGCAGAUAUCUGGGUAGUUGCAGUCUCACAUGACUACAAUAUCUCUCCUUUUUGGUGAUCUGCUCUAGGAUGGCAUCAUUCAAGUCUUCAAGUUUGACUUGGGGCUCUACAGUGUAGAAACUCAGUGGUUUUUAUAGAACCUACAGGAUUUUUCUGUUUGAGGAGCAGGGCUGUAUGGAGAAAACAUCUCCUUAGCCUGUUUGACAUACUAAAUGUCAUAAAUGUGAUGGGGAGGGAGCUUAGUCAAACCAUUCAAAAUUAUAGCAGGCCGGUGUGGAAUUGUGCAGUGUUAGAACUGAGGGUUCUUCUGUUUUUCUAAACUAACUCAGUCUAUGUACACAUUACCCUUAACUCUGACACUAGUGCUCUCCCAUUGCUGGUGCUCAAAUAUGUGUACACAUGACUCACACCACAAUCCAGAUCUAUCCUGUAGUUUCUUGAGAAAUCCUGCUGUUUGAUUCCUCAAACCAGCUUCAAUCCACAUAGAAAACUUCAGACACAUUGCAUUUGCAGUUAAGCUGAAAUGUGCACAUGUGAGACAGUUGUUGCCCAUGCUCAAAUGGUAACACAUACUUAGAAUACAGCUUCUAUGAGUCUAUGUUUCAUAAACAGGAAUUUGGGGUAUGUGUGUACAGGCAAUGUACAUGAAGUGAAAUCCCCACCCCCCCUUGAUAUAUACAGCAGAUGUAACUUGAAAUGACCUCUCUGUGUUUUAAACCACCAUUGUGUACACCAUUUGUGCAUGUGUCCCCUCCCAGCUCAUCCUACAAUGCAUGCAAGUGUAUUAUCAGGAGCACAUGAAGUUGCCUUCUACUGAAUCAGAACUUUGGUCCAUCUAGCAGCGUAUUGUCUACUCUUUACUGGCAGUAGCUCUCCAUGGUUUCUGGUAAGGUUCUCUCACAGCCCUAUAUGGAGAUGCCAGGGAUUGAACCUGGGACUUUCUGGCUGUAAGCCAUGUGCGCUACCGCUGAGCUACCUCUCUUCCCUUUCAACUGCUGGCAGAACUCACGAUUUGCCUGAAGUAAGCCUGCUUGAGCAAGGUUAUGCCAUUAUGGUGCAAUCAUCUUCUUCCGAGGAAAUUCUCCUUAACAGCGCCAAGUAUAGAGCGGCACCACUUCUGUCCUCAGGGCACAGUAGGCGGUUGUUUGUCGGUGAGGACAUUUGCAUUGCUUGAGAAAACUAAUUUGGGAGAUCAGGUUUCACUGUGCAAUCAUCACACAGUGGCCUGUUAUGCAAACCCGCUCUGAUAGAUAUGAUGCCUUCCUACCCUGUAAGUUGAGUACUUUUUCUGAGAAGCAUGGACUUUUUUAAAAAAGUAAGAGAAAAACAUAAACAUGGUGGCUAGUAGGUUUAGGUGAUCCGCCUGUGACCUCUCUUUGGCAUACAGGAAUUUGAAAUGUUUAGUCCCAAGUGUGGGAAUGAGUGGUUGAGAGAAAGGAAAUGUCACAUGGACAACACAAAAUUUUGCAAUGAUUAAGUUCCCAGUGUUAAACCUGUUUUCAUCCACAGGUUGAUGAUUCCACUUAGAUGAUGUACUUAGAAGUGAGACCAACUGAAUCCAGCGGGGUUUACUCUUAGUAACUGUGGUUAGGAUUGCAGCCCUUGUUAUAGCUCCAAGCUACUGUACUUUUCUGUCUAUAAGACGCCCCCUAUUUUGGGGGACUCAAAUUUAAGAAAAUAGGGGGCAAAUAGCUCAGAGCUGUUGAGCUUCUUUUGCGUAGGAUUGCCCGGGUUUGCCCAGAGUUUUACAGCUUUUUGGGGUGGGGUGGGGUGAGUGCCGGAAAUCGCUCACCUGCAGCACUGAUGAUGAACGCCCACUUGACACAGUGACAGCAAAUUGCCAACAGACCUUUCCCCAGCAGAAAAUCUCUAACCCACCUGAGAAAUUGUGUGCGUCCCAAAACAGCUGCCACCAAUCAUGGCAGCGGCAGCCAAUCAACAGCAGUGUUUGCUGCAUAAACCAAUCAUCAACCCAAAUAGAGCAGCAGCAGCAGCCAAUCCAAAGCAGCCCUUCUAGCAGCCAACAAUUGUCAUUGACAUGCUCCUGCUCACAGCUGCAGACAACCACCUGUCCACCCCAUUCACUAUCCAUGUAUAAGACGAGGCAUGUUUUUAAACAUUAUUUUAGAGUAAAAAAACCCUCGUCUUAUACAUGAAAAAAUACGGUAUUUGGACUAAUUAAUUGUCCUGUAUAGCAGAAACUGGGUCUCUGUUCACAUGUAUAUAUCAGUGUUCUUCUGCCAUGGGUUCCCAGAUAUUUUGGGGCUACAACUCCUGUAAUCCCUUAUCAUUGACUAAACCAGCAGGGAACUGAUGGAAGUUGCAGUCCGACAACAUUUGGGGGUCCAAAGUUGAAGAUCAUGAUUGCAUGACUGUUUGCUUGGACAUCUGGCUCUUAAAAUUAAUGCAUAGUCUUCUGGUCCAAAUAUCGGUGGGGGUGUCUGUUUGGAAGUCCAUCAUCAGCAAACAUGGUUUCUUGUUGAUGAUCUUGGUUUCCUUCUCUUCCAAAGAGCACUGCCUCCAGGUAGACCCAUAAAAAAAAACACAUUUGUGCAUUGUUUGAAGACAAAUCCCACAAUUUAUUCAGGGGUAUGUGUGUGCAGCAGCAGGGUAACCUAGUAGGCAAUGUACUGCAGGCAUCCCCAAACUGUGGCCCUCCAGAUGUUUUGGCCUACAUCUCCCAUGAUCCCUAGAUAACAGGACCAGUGGUCGGGGAAGAUGGGAAUUGUAGUCCAAAACAUCUGGAGGGCUGAAGUUUGGGGAUGCCUGAUGUACUGUAUAUCAAGUGAAAUCCCUGCCCGAUCCCAAUUGUUAUGUAUUGGUUUAAUUUGUGUACAUGAGUUUCUCUGCUAGUCCUGUAACUACCUUUCCUGCUCUUGGGUGAUUCAAAUGGGUGCGGUGACAGUUGCUAUUGGUUAACUUGUUAGCACAAUUUGGAUCCUCACUCUGAUAGGUUCCUGCCAAAAUCUAAAUGUAUCCUUUCCCCAACCCCUGCUCCUGAGAGUAUAAAAGGAGCUCACCCUUUCCCUCCAGUUCAGUCAAGAUUCCUACUGCAAUAAAGAAGACUGUUCCUGUUAUACUUGACUCCUAGCAGUUCCUUGCUAGUAUGCUGAAUCACUAUUCUGAGCUGACUUCACGAAGAGCUGAAAUCACACUCACGACAUAACACCAAUAUGGCUAAAAAUGCUAUAAUCAAAUGUUUUCUCAAGGAUUUUUUUUUUUAAAUCACAAGUUGCUGCAGAAAUGUGAAGAACUGAAUUUAGGAUUGGAAAAAAUGAGAAAGAACAGAAAUGGACAAAUUUAUCCUUCCAGACCCACCUCCCAGACCUAACCUGUAACCCGCCCCCCACAAAAAACCCUUUAUCUUUUUUUUUAUUUCUCCUUUCAGGAUGACCAGUGGCAAAGGAUAACUGGCCUCCUGUAUCUUCAGUGCAGAUGUGAGAGAAUAUUGGAAGGUUCAGCUUACUCCAAAGAGGAGAGAAGCUGCACCCUCUGAAAUUCCCCAUAUGGAAUAGAGUCAUAGAUAAUGUAGUCCAACCCUCUGCAAUGCAGGUAUAUUUCACCCCACGUGGGCCUUGAACUCACAACCCUGAGAUUCAGAGUCUCAAGCUCUACUGACUGAGCUCAAGAUGGAAGUAAAGGAGCUCUGUGCUUGGGAUGUGUUUCUUUCACUAUCUUUGAAAAUACAAACCUUAAACAAAACUCCGAUAGAAACGGGUGGGUGGUGGUGGCCGCAGGAGAAACACUUUAGCUUGGAAGUGACUCGCCCACUGAAGAUCUGUGCUCUGAAUGCUGCCAGAUAGUUAAAGCAACUCAAUAUUGACGUCUCUAAAUGUUAAGUGGGAUGUUGUUUGCAUUUCAAGGGCAAGCUGGGAAAUUCCACCUUAAACAAAUGGUUGUUUGUUUUGGCCAGGGAAGUUAAUUUCAUAGCCUACCUGAUUUAAGCCUCUUGAUCAUCUGGAGGUAAUAAUCAGGCUGUGGGUGUGUUUUGCUUUGCUUUGAUUGCAUGGCUUGGUGGGGUUAUAAUGCUCCCUGACCCCCUGGCCACAUUGAGAGGAUUGGCAGUGCCUUACAGACUAGUGCACUCCUCUAUUUCACAGUUCAAACUGCACAUGUAGAUUUCCCUACUCUGUGCUUGUUUUGGUUUGUUUUUAGAGCUACCGGUAAUUACAGCACAGCGCUGCCGGUGCACGGGUGUAUCUGUCAGCUGUGGCUUGCUUCAAACAACACUUUGCAAAUGACACAUUUAACUAUUGUGGCUUGGAGCGAACAGAGACUGGGAAAAACGUGCAGGCGUAACGACACACCAUGAAUUAGUUGCAGAAAUGAAAGUGAACAUUUGCGUGAAAAGUAGGAGGGACAGGUUUGUGUGAGCAUCCUAAUGAACGCGGCCCGCUUGCUGCUGCCCACUUUUAAAGAGUCGAUGGAAAGGCAUUAAGACUGGGUGUUGAAAAUCCAGUUUAAUCAUGGAACUGGAGAAGUCUUCUGUCUGGGGAUCAUUCAAACAAAAAACGAGAAGGUUACAGAACUUCAGCAUCAAAAGGACUAAGAAAAGCUCUUCUAAACUAGUGGAGACCAGGAAAAGGCAUCCGUUAGACCGACGUAUUAGUACCUCAGUACCGGACAUGUUGGACAUGGAGACAGUUGUCGAAGAAGGAAUGAAUUGUUCACGUUCCAAGGCUCUGUCCACUUACUUCCCCAGUGCUUUUUCUGCAACGGAAAUGUUCCUUCAGGAGAGCAGCAGCUGUUCCUCAAAACAGACUGGGGAGACGUGGCAGUGGAACCAGCAGGAGACUGUGCGCUUGGAAAUUGGAGUUGAGGAACCCGUUGCUUGUGGACCACAGUUGGAUGUGAAACGGAAAUCCAGUGAAGAUCUCUUUGAAUUAUUGAAAAGAAGCAGUUUUGGCAGUGACCUUGCAGAAGAUGUUCUUGAGCGUUCGUAUGGGGGAAGUUCUAUCCUUGACUCCUCCAGCUCUUCUCAGCUGUUUGAGGAGCAGUCGAUGCUUGAGGAAGGAAGCCAUGGUUUGAGCAAAUUGCCCACCACAUUUGCAUAUCUGUUAACAAUACAUCUGAAGGAAGGCAGAAACCUGGUCAUCAGGGAUCGCUGUGGGACGAGUGAUCCUUAUGUGAAGUUUCAGCUGAAUGGGAAAACGCUUUACAAAAGCAAAGUUAUCUAUAAGAACCUGAACCCUGUUUGGAAUGAAACGGUCAUAAUUCCAAUACAGGCCCUUGACCAGAGACUCUGUGUGAAGGUGUAUGAUCGAGAUUUAACCUCUUCAGACUUUAUGGGUUCAGCGGUUGUAACUUUGGGUGAACUGGAGCUGAACAGGACUAGUGAGAUGACCCUAAAACUGGAAGAUCCAAACAGCUUAGAGGAUGACAUGGGUGUGAUAAUGUUGGACGUGAGGCUUGCUGUGAAACAGGGAGAUGUUAAAAGAAAUAGCUGGAUGAACCGAAGAAAGCGUUCUACCCCCAAGGCAAGUGUCAUUCGAUCCUUGAGGCUGACGGAUUCCUGGCGGAAGGGUCAGCUGUGGAAUGGGACGGUGACCAUCGCCUUACUAGAAGGGAAGCACAUCCCUGCAGGGGGCAUGACACAUAUAUUUGUUUUGUUGAAAAUGGGAGAGCAAAAACACAAGAGCAAGACACUUUGUAAGAGUGCAAAUCCACAGUGGAGGGAACAAUUUGAUUUUCACUACUUCUCUGACAGGAAGGAUGUGUUGGAGAUUGAGAUCUGGGGAAAGGAUAACAAAAAGCACGAAGAAGUUUUGGGAAUGUGUAAAGUUGAUGUUAGUGCGCUCCCUGGAAAACAGGCCAACCAUUUGGAAUUGCCCUUGGAAAAACAGCCUGGGUCCCUGUUGAUGGUGAUCUCUGUCAUUCCCUGCUCAGGAGUUUCUAUCUCUGAUUUGUGCGUUUGCCCUCUGGGAGACCCCAGUGAGAGGAAACAACUUUUCCAGCGAUAUUGCAUAAGGAACUCUUUCCAUAACAUAAAGGAUAUUGGAUUUUUGCAAGUCAAAGUAUUAAAAGCUGCUGAUCUGUUGGCUGCUGAUUUUUCUGGAAAAAGUGACCCCUUUUGUGUGUUGGAGCUGGGGAAUGGCAGACUUCAGAGUUAUACUGUUUACAAAAACCUUAACCCAGAAUGGAACCAGGCCUUCACAUUCCCCGUUAAAGACAUCCACGAUGUUCUAGAAGUGACGGUGUUUGAUGAAGAUGGAGAUAAGCCUCCAGAUUUCCUGGGCAAAGUUGCGAUCCCUUUACUGUCUAUUAGAAACGGUCAACAAAGUUGCUACACACUAAAGAACAAAGACCUGGAACUUCCUUCAAAAGGUGUCAUCUACUUGGAGCUGGAUGUCCUAUUUAAUCCUGUAAAAGCCAGUAUCAGAACCUUUUUUCCACGUGAAAGGCGGUUUUUGGAAGACAACCGCAAGUUUUCAAAGAAGAUCUUGUCGAGAAACGUUGACCGUGUGAAAAGAAUCACUAUGGCAAUAUGGAACAUGAUACAGUUUCUCCAAAGCUGCUUUCUGUGGGAAUCUCCUGUAAGGAGUGUGAUAGCAUUUGUGGUCUUCGUUGUCACGGUUUGGCAUUUUGAUUUGUACAUGGUGCCCUUGGCUUUACUGCUCCUUUUUGCUUACAACUUCUCCCUCAUCUCUCCAGAGAAAGUGUCCAGCGCACAAGACCCCCAGGACUGCAUUGAUGUAGAGGAGGAUGAAGAUGACGAUGACAAGGAAUCUGAGAAAAAAGGCUUGAUAGAAAGAAUCCACAUGGUUCAAGACAUUGUUAUAACAGUCCAAACACUUUUGGAGGAAAUCGCAUCUUUUGCAGAGAGGAUAAAGAACACGUUCAACUGGACUGUUCCUUUCCUCUCUAGCCUGGCCUGUUUAGUCCUUGCAGUAGUCAUGAUCACCCUAUAUUACAUACCACUAAGGUACAUCGUUUUAAUCUGGGGCAUAAAUAAAUUUACUAAGAAGCUUAGAAACCCUUAUGCCAUUGACAAUAAUGAGUUGCUCGACUUCCUCUCCAGGGUGCCAUCUGAUGUUCAAAGGGUAAGUAAUGAAUGGUUGCGUCUAACAGAGACAACAGCCCAGAGAGCCACCAGGUGCAGCGUUGGAGGAACACACGGAAGGGGCAUUUGGGCUAGUGGAGAUAAGGCAUCUGAAGAAACCAUAAACCAGGGUGGGAAGGGAGAGGAGGAGGCGGACGCAGGAAAAGGGAGGGAUGAAAACCCAAAUGGAAAGGAAUUGUAUCCCCCAAAGCGCUCUCUUUCUAAAACGGUCACAGACCCACUUCUCCCAGCCACCUUUGCUCUGAUUUUAACAUUAUUUCAUUUGGGCUUCCCACGCUCGAAGCGCCUGCCUCACUCUGUGUCAUGGGCAGGGCAGCCCUGAACUGGUGUCUGAACGGUACAGCAAGACUUUACAAAAGUAUUGACCCUUGGAUGCUGUUUAAGUUCUGCUUUAAGCAGCAACACAUCUCUGGCUCCCUGUUUGUUUUAAAAGGCAUGUGAACUUGACAUCCUUCAUGCCAUUUGAUGAACAGCUCUUGACCAGAAGCAUAUCAAGGUCCAACAGGGUAGUCAUUAGAGGAAACCCUCUGGGCUGACAGAAUCCCACUUUAUCUUUGUUUGCUUCUGCCCAGUCUACAAAGUCAUUAAGCUUAAGUGUAUUUUCUGCUCUCGCUGUCUGCACCAGUUCUUUCUUGUAUAAGAUGCAGGAUUUGUCCUGGCGGCACGCAUUAAUAUUUAUAUACAGAAAUAAGUUGGCUUUCUGUUUAGGUUGCAUUUCAGGUUUUGCAAUUUAUGAAUUCUGCUUGAGUGGUUUCUGUUAUCCUUGGUGGCCUUUGAGCAGGGGCAGUGAACCUCAGACCCGGGGGCCAAAUGUGGCCCUCCAGGCCCCUUUAUCUACCCAUUUCCCCCAAAGCUUGGAAUUCUUGCAAUAAGGAUGAGGAAAUUCACUGGCAAGUGUGUGAUAACUUUUGCCCUCAUGCAUGCAGCAUCAUCUAAACUCCCCACCAACAAAUCAGAAUGAAUAUUCAAUAAACAGGUCAUCUAGAAGCACCCUAACAGAGGCAGACAGUUUACCAUUGCCUACCUUUUAGAAGACAUCGGAAGGCAGCCCUGUUUAGGGAAGUUUUUAAUGUUUGAUGCUUAACUGUGUUUUUAAUACUCUGCUGGGAGCUGCCCAGAGUGGCUGGGGCAACCCAGCCAGAUGGGUAACAUAUUGUUGUUGUUACCUGGUAUUGUUGCAUACAUUUCUUAAUCCUUCCACAAACACAAUGUUUUGUGGUGGUUCUGUUUUUGGUUUGUUUUUGUUUUUUAAAGUGUGGAGCUGGAUUGAGGAAGAUGUCAUUAUUGUGUUUUGACCUGGAUAAAUUCUAGAUCAGUAGCUGUGUAAGUCUGUCGCUGAUGCAUAAGACAGAGAGUCUCGUGACACGUUAAUUUAAAUGCCAAUACACUUAUUUUUUGGAGGAGGUUUUGUACGCAGAGGACCACUUCAUGAAAUGCAUGAAGCUAAAUAUGCAUUGACUCAGGUCCAACUAGGUUUGGGAAUUGUUUUGCAAGGUGAGACUUCCGGGUAUAGUAAUAAUAAUAAAUGAAUGAAUGAAUGUGAAUUUUAAAGAGAGCGAUUGUACGCUUUGAGAGGGACACAAGUCAAUUUGUCAGAGUGAACAAGGUCCAGUCACAAAGGGUCAACAGGACCGGGAACAUCCAAGUUUAGAUAAAGUUUGGCUUUACUGUGUCAAACCAAAACUAACUUGCGACCUUGUGGCUUGCAUUUAAUGAAAUAAGGUUUUGUUCAAACAUCUUGCUUUGGGUUUACUUUAUUGUUAUUGUUGAAUAUGUUUACUGGCUGAGAGUGAUAUUCAACCAAAUCAUUGUGCGAGUGCAAAGAUUAUCGCUAGCACUAAUGGAUCCCACUCUGCACCCCCACAUGUGUGCCCUGCACCAUCCGCAAAUCUGCUCUGUGGGUUGGGGGAACCCCCAGAACAGAUUUAGGGGGCAUACAGGGGAAGGAGAAGGGAAGAAAGUUCCAUUGCACAGCAAUAAUUCCUUGUGCUGAUGGAAUACUUCCCUUAGCACUGCUUUGAAUACAGCUGUUUCUCCAUAAUGGAUGGAAGCAAAUAAGAAAUGAUAAUUUUAGACACUAUGUUGAGUAUUGUAAACAAAUGUAGACACUAUGUUCUCCAAAUUGUGAAAGAACUACACACUUACCACAUGACAUGGUGGGAGGGGGGGGGGUCCCAUUCCUUCAUCAAACUCCAUGAAAGAGAACUAAAAAUAAAUGGAACUAGGCCUUUUCUGCCAAAUGCCAAAGUCAGGUGGAAGACCCUUCUCCCCGCCUCCCUCUCAGUUGCAUCUCAUUAGGACAAAAAAAAUCUGGUUUUAAUAUUUUGGUUUUCAAGAAAUGAUGCAUGACUUCUCAAAUCCUUCCUGCAAUUAAUCCCCCAUGUUACUGUGUUUAGAAAAUGAUUCAUUACUUUUGAACCUUCCUUAGUUUUUCCCUCGGCUUUUCCUUGGGGAGCCAUUAAUGUGCCGCAGAGUGAGCUUGGGUUACCUUGUUGCAAACGUGACGUCUGUUUGUUU